ACAACUCUCUAGCAAACUGCAGCUGCUCAGGAACUCUCCUUCGCCUGACAAGGUGAUUUGUUUUUCCGCAGGGGGCAGUGGCAGGAGGUGCUAUUUCAAUCCCAGAGCGCACGCUGCGUCCCUGGAGCAGACGGCAGGGCGCUUGUAGUUUGGUUCACUGGCUGCGCGGAGCGCACAGUUUGGCAGCAUGGAGUGAAAAGCGAGCUGAGCAGCCACGAGAGAAGACAGAUGCGGGCAGCAGCACCAUGGACAGGGCUGGGGCACGGAGCCAUUCCAAAGAUCAGCACCAUGGAGAGCGCAUCGGUCCUGCGUUAGGCAGCGGGAUACAGCCCUGAGCGCACGGGGUUCCUGGAUUCAGCAUCAAGGACAAAGGCUCGGGCGUUCUCAUGCACUGGGCUCCCACCAGGGACCCGCGCCAUGGAGAGGAGACUGAACGUGACCCCAGAGGCGCUCAACAGGCUCCUGGAGAAGCACAACAUGACCAGGGAAGAGUUCAUUGCCGCCUACGGCCUCAAACCCCUUGUGUACGUCCCAGAGCUGCCUCCCAGUGCCAAGGUUGUCUUCCUGGUGCUCUACAUCAUCAUCUUCGCACUGGCUCUUCUGGGCAACAGCCUGGUGGUCUACAUCAUCAUCCGGCAGAAAGCCAUGAGAACAGCCACCAAUAUUUUCAUCUGCUCCCUGGCUUGCAGUGACCUGCUGGUCACUUUCUUCUGCAUCCCUUUCACUCUCCUGCAGAACGUCUCCUCCGAAUGGCUAGGUGGCCCCUUUGUGUGCAAGAUGGUUCCCUUCAUUCAGACCAUCGCAGUUGUGGCUAGCACCCUCACCAUGACAUGCAUUGCUGUAGAGAGGUACCAUGGAAUAGUUCACCCACUGAAGAUGAAGAGACAGUACACAAACAAGAGAACCUACAAAAUGCUAGGAUUUGUAUGGAUGAUUGCAGUCAUUGUUGGGUUGCCCAUGCUGUACGUUCAGACUCUGGAGGUGAAAUAUGACUUUCUCUAUAAUAUUCAUCACAUCUGCUGCCUGGAGUCCUGGCAUAGUACUGAGCUGCGCCGAGCCUACGCAAUCUUUAUCCUGGUGGCCUUGUUUCUGGUCCCACUCACUGCCAUGCUGAUGCUCUACUCCCGGAUAGGAUACGAGCUGUGGAUCAAGAAACGGAUUGGAGACUCUUCAGUGCUGAAUGCCCUGAGUCAUCACGAAAUGGCUAAAAUAACAAGGAAGAAGAAACGAGCUGUGAUGAUGAUGGUUAUUGUAGUGCUGUUCUUCGCUGUAUGCUGGGCACCUUUUCACGUUGUCCACAUGUUGUUUGAAUACAAUAACCUGGAGGAAAGCUACGAUGACGUCACCCUAAAGAUAAUCUUCGCCAUAGUCCAGGCCGUCGGAUUCUUUAACUCUUUCAACAACCCUGUGGUCUACACAUUUAUGAACGAGAACUUCAAGAAGAGCUUCAUGGCUAUUCUCUUCUGCAGCUUGCGGAGCUCCGAGCCAGCCGACAAGCAGGAGAGCCAGCAGCUGGAAAGGGCCCAAAUGAGACCCUCAACCUGUUGCAUCAGGAAGGAGGGCAGAAGCUUGCACAGCCACCUGAGUGCAGAGAACCUGGAACUGAGACUCUAUGAGCGGGUGCCAUCUGCAAAGCUGGAGUCAGUGCUUUCAGUGGCGGUCAUUACCUACCCCAUGGUGAGCGCCCAUAAGGAGAUACUGCCCAAUGGACAGUCAGCAUGA